UUGGGACCAGAAGGGCAUUCGGACGCCACCGUAUAUCACCGAUGGCUGUUGCGAGGCUGACCCAGUUUGCCGUUGUGACGCUACACAUCCUUUCGGGAAUCGUGGUUGUUCUGGCCAAAAGAGAAUUCUGUGGAGGUGUUUUUCUUGAAGUGCAACUUGACCAUGCUUUAAUCGGUCACGCUAUGCUCACGACUUUAGUCGUAGACGAGUUUGAUUGUCAUUUCAAAUGCAUAAGUAAGAGCUGUAAGUCGUUUAACGUUCGUCCCAGUGACAGCAACGGAAACCGAAUUUGUGAGCUGAACAAUGAAACAAGGCAGAUGAAACCAAGUGAUUUUAAACAGAAAAAAGGAUCUACCUACUAUGCCUCUGUUCAGGUCGCCUGCCUGGAUGUCGCUGUCAGAGGUUUAUAUAAGGAUUCGCCUGGCCAUUCAUGUAAGGACAUCCGGGACUCAGGUUUCUUUCAAAAGGACGGGGAGUACUGGAUCGACCCCGAGAAGAACGGAAAGCCUAUAAAGGUCUACUGUGACAUGACAACUGACGGAGGAGGUUGGCUUCUUGUUUCCAACGUUGUGGUAGACGACCCGUCCUCGCGACAGCUUUCGAUUGAGUCUUCAUACCGUGAAAUCAGCAACUGUCGCGACAACAAGGCGUUGUUUAUCACGACGGAUGCCAUGAAAGAACUGAGAACACACUUGUCCUUCACUCAACUGAGAUUUCAUUGCAGUAAACAAAAUGGACGUACAAUCCACGUGACUACCGCUGCUAACAGCUCUGGUGAAGCUGUAGUCCAGUAUUUCAGUGGUCAGAUGGAUUCCCGCCCCUUAGGCUGUGGCUCGUUUAAAAGAAUGGAAGAUGAUAACUCCAGAACAACUGCAAGAUGUCAUCAAUGGAGAGAUAUGAGGUGGGGAUUAGCAAGCGUCGCACAGCAAAGGUUAAACGAUCAUCCUUUAUUUUUACCGGGGGAUACUCACUGGCGUUUGACAGAUGGGAAUCAAAGAUGGGAGUGCGACGACUUCAAGAAGAACUCUCAUACAGAAUUUUUUGCGCUGUCCUCUGAUGAUUUCUGGAAAGUCUUUGUUCGUUAG